GCAGUGAAAGGUAUGAGCAGCUCAAGGAUGCUGAGUCCCUGUCCUGCCUUUACCUCUGGGGUUGCUGUUUGCUGGGCCAGAUUUUGCUUUUGCAAUCAAAGCUAAAAACAAAGAUGACAGCAACGGUUUCCAAAGGCCAUCAUGCACUUUUCUCUAGUUCCUACUAACAAUAUUUUGCAAGGGUGCACAGAGCUGAUGUCCCAGAUCAAUAAACUGCAUUUGUGGUGUCACGGGACAGGAAUUGGCUUCUCCACCACAUCCCCCCCCAUCAGCGAGGGAGGAGAUGCUUUAAAGCUUUGCCCAAGAUGGAUCUGUCCCACCGGUUCUCCAAGGAAGAGCUGGCCCUGCUCUACGAGGAGGUUCUCUACACCAUCCGGCACCGCCUGGGCAAGCCCGAGCAGCAGCAUGUCAAGGACUCCCAGGAGCUCUACUCCUACGUGCAGAAGGCUUUUGGCAUGAACGCGGAGGAGCACGGUGUCAUCAUGCAGCAGGUCAUGGAGCUGGAGAGCCCCAUUUACUGCCUGAAAGCCACGGUGAAGGAAGCCAAGGGAAUUUUGGGUAAAGAUGUCAGUGGGCUCAGUGACCCUUACUGCCUGCUGGGCAUCGAGGCCAGGAGCCAGGAGCCAGCCCACCCCGACCCCAGGAAGAGGAUGAAGGCUGUGGUCAAAGACCUCAUCCCCGAAGACCAAAUCCAUCGCACCCAAGUCAUAAACCAGACCCUCAGCCCAGUGUGGAACGAGACCUUCAUCCUGGAGUUUAAAGAUGUGGAGACAGCCAGCUUCCACCUGGACAUGUGGGACUCGGACGUGGUGGAGUCGAUGCGGCACAAGCUGGGCGAGCUGACCGACCUCCACGGCCUCAAAAGGAUCUUUAAGGACGCUCGCAAAGACAAGGGGCAGGACGAUUUCCUGGGGAACGUGGUGGUUCGCCUGAAGGACCUGCACUGCUGGAAUGACCAGUGGUACCAGCUGGAGCCACGGACAGAGACCUAUCCCGAGCGGGGCCACUGUCACCUGCAGUUCCUCCUGACGCACAAGAAGAGGGCCACCACGAGCAGCAGGACACAGCCCAGCUACACCGUCCACCGCCACCUGCUGCAGCAGCUGGUGUCCCACGAGAUCCUCCAGCACCAGGCCGGCAGCACCUCCUGGGAUGGGGAGCUGAGCAGCCACGCCAGCACUGUGCUGUACCUGCAUGCCACACAGAAGGACCUCUCUGACUUCCACCAGGACAUGGCGCAGUGGCUGGCCUACAGCAAACUGUACCAGAGCCUGGAGUUCAACAGCAGCUGCCUCCUCCACCAGAUCACCAGCAUCGAGUACCGGUGGGUGCAGGAGCGCCUGAGGCCAGAGCAGAAAGCAGAGCUGGCCGAGUCCUUCCAGUCCCUGCUGACCUACGGGGUCUCCCUCAUCCGUAGGUUCCGCAUCAUUUUCCCCCUCUCUGUCCCGAGGUCCACAGAGAGGCUCCAGUCCCUGCUCCGGGUCCUCGUCCAGAUGUGCAAAACCAAAGCUUUCCGUGAGCUGUGCACACCCAGCCCUGACCUCCCCCACAUGGUCUCCACAGCUCUGAAGUCAGGCACCACGGAGUGGUUCCACAUGCAGAAGCAGCACCUCAAGCCCAUGGUGAAGAGCAUAGAGGAGAAUAGCAAAGCCUUGUCCAAGCUCCUCCUGGAGGUGAUAGAAGAUCUCAAGCAGUGCCAAAAGAUCUGGAAUAAAUUGUUCAGCACCAACCUGAAGUUGAAUAUCUUCUCCAUUGCCUACCUGGAGCUGGAGAGCCUGGUGGCAGAGCAUGUCCAGGAGCAGCUGCACCAGGUUGACAGCAGCAUGUCCAGACCCACGGCCGAGAGCCUCUUUGAUCUCUACAGGAAACUGCAGGAGCUCUAUCAGAUGAAGGACUCCCUCCCAAGCAGGGAUGGACCUCUGGCUCUGAGCAACUUCCACCAGUGGUUUGAGGAAGCAUUGCCCCUGUGGCUGCAGAAGGCCUACACCACCACGCUGGAGAGGGCCCAGAGAGCCAUCCAGAUGGACCAGCUGAAGCCUUAUGGGUACCACAAGCACAGCACAUCCACCGUUGACCUGUCCACCUGCUACGCCCAGAUCAUGACAACCUGGCAGCAGCUCAACUGGCCAGACCCUGAGAAGGCCUUCAUGAUCAUGGUCAAUCUCCUGGAGGACAUGUGCAAGAUCUCCCUGAUGUACUGCAAGCUCAUCAAGGAGAGGGCUGAGGCUCUGUCCCUGAGCGAGCAGAACGAGGGCGAGGCGGCCAACAAGCUCUGCAUCGUGGUGAACAACAUCGAGCAGCUCCGGCUGCUGAUGCUGAAGCUGCCAUCACAGCUGGGCUGGGCCCAGCUGGAGCAGCGCAUGAGGGGCAUCAUCGACCCCCAGCAGAUCCAGAACGCUCUGCACAACCAGCUCGACAGCACCGUGGCCUGCCUGGACCACGAGGUCCGCGACGUGGUGAAAGCCCUGGCUACCAAGCUGGAAAAGGGCAUUGCCAGACACAUCCAGGAGCUCUCAUCUUCCAGUGACACCCAGAAGCCUGAGGAUUCCAUCAUCCCACUCAUGAAGUUCCUGGAGUCGGAGCUGCAGUACCUCAAUGAGCAUCUGGUCCAGGAGAACUUCAAAAGCCUCCUCAGUCUCCUGUGGCACCACACCCUGUCCGUGCUCUCAGCAGCACUGGGGCCGCAGGUGCCCUCGGUCCAGCACUGCCAGAGGCUGUUCUGUGCCCUGAAGAGCCUGGAGCUGUGCUUCCACGCCGAGGGCUGCGGGCUGCCGCUGGAGACCCUCCACAGUGCAGCCUUCCAGACGCUGGAGGCUCACCUGGCUCUCUGUUCUGCCAGCAGCCGCAAACUCAUCCAGAAAUACUUCAGCAACAGGAUCCAGCAGCAGCUGGACAUGAGCUCAGAGAAGUACGGGGCCGUGACCAUCAAAGCUCUGUACCGGCCUUCGGAGCAGAAACUCCGUGUGGAAGUGCUCAACGCCACCAACCUCAUCCCGCUGGACUCCAACGGCUCCAGCGACCCCUUCGUGCAGCUCACCCUGGAGCCCCGGCACGAGUUCCCCGAGGUGGUGGCUCGGACCACCCAGUGCAAGAGGAACGAGCUGCACCCCCUCUUCGACGAAGCCUUCGACUUCUUGAUCCCCUCCGAGAAGUGCCGGCAGGAGGGGGCCUGUCUGCUGCUGACCGUGUUUGACUACGACGUGCUGGGCUCCAAUGACCUGGAGGGCGAAGCCUUCUUGCCCCUGUGCCACCUGCCCGGCCUCGACAGCGAGGAGGACGAGGCCGACAUGGGCCGGGUGCCGCAGACGCGGCUCCCCCUCACGCACCCCAAGCCCGCGGAUGAGAUCCUGCAGCUGCUGGAGUCCAGGAAAAGGGACAAAGAAGCUCAGGCCUUCGUUAAGCUCCGCAAGCAACGAGCCAAGCAGUCCAAGGAGACAGAGUGAGGGAGGGGCAGGAAGAUGGAUGGCCCUGAAAGGGGAACCUUGGUGGUGUUGGAGCCAGAACCAUCUGCAGGGAGUGUGGGGACAGAGGGGUCCCUGUGCCAGCACCCAGCACCCAGUUCACCCCCACCUUCGGGCAGCAACACCCCCAUGCGCCAGGGAGGGUGGGCAGGUGGACUGGAGGGGAUUUCUCUGCCUGCCUGGACUAGUAACACUACACGAGGGAUGUGGAAGCGUGGCUGUCCCUGUCCGUCCCUCUGGAGUUUGUCACUGCCAGUGCUGCAUCUCCUGGCCGUGUCCCCAGCCCUCCUGUCUGCAACAUGGCAUGGCCAAACCUGCCUUCAUUUUUCUUUAAAAUGUUUAAUUUCUUUCCCCCCUCAUUUUCUUGUGGAUAAGCCUCUUAUUUUAAAUGAAAAGCCACAAAGCUGAUGCGUGGGCUGUGUGCUUUGGGGCAGUGGCCCUGUGCUGGCAGCAGCAGCACAGUGGGGUGGGACAAGGCACUUGAGGUCUGGUGGGAGCUGCUGAAUUUCUCAUUUUUUAAAAUGUCUAGCU